AAGGCACCCUGAGCGACCCUGAGUCUCCAACAAGUGGAGGUGGAGGUGGAGGUUGCAAAUUCCCCCGCGACUGAGAUUACUGACCACUCGCUUCUGCAGCAAUGACGCUAAGAUACUGCUCUCUGCAUGAGCCUAGCGAACGCGUUGAGGAUCCAGCAUGGAUGCUGCAGCAGCUGCAGGCAGGGCAGGGGAGUCCACCACGAUGUUCCAUGGGGAUGGGUCUCGUUUGCUAGUGGAAUUGGUCAAUUGGCUCCUCCUUUUCGGAUGGAUUCCCCAGUCUACACGAGGAUCGAUGAGAGUUUCACUGAUAUUCGUACAAAACCGGCCGCUUCUCUGUCGGUCUGUCCGUGGUUGGAUCCAGCGAUUGCUUCAUCCGUUUGCAACUGCAACACAUUGUUCUUAUUAUACCCCAGGAUUCUUAGGGAUCAUAGCCAGCCAAUCCCUGUGUCUGUGUCGAUCUGGGCGGAUCGCAGCUGUCGCGUCUUUUGCUUUUCCGUUGGUUCCCAGUUGUGCCGUUCGACAACAAGCAUCCAUUCCCUCCGAGUCGUUUGCCGAGAUCAACGGCGGGAGCGGGAUUUGCAAUCGGGGACCUACCGGCUCGAGAUUCGUUACCGUCAGGUCCCGGGUCCGUAAUCCAAUCUGCCGGGUUCCUGUGAUAAGACGGAACCUAACUUGACGGUCCUGCGGAAGCAUAACGUUACGCCUCGUGUUGUGUACUCGGUUCGUUGUUUCAUUCCAUCUAGAUCUCCCCCUAUCGGUAGUUGGGACGGGCAGGUAACUUGGCAAUUUCUCUCCCUUCUGGUCACCCGUCACCAACUUCGCUCUGCUGUCAUAGUCAUUCUGCCGGGCGAGUCGCAGGUUGUGUUUGUUUGUCUACCACGAUGCGAAACGUCACCCCACCACGUUGCUGUCAUCAAGAACAAGGCACACAGGGCUGACCCCUU